AUGAUGGCAGGUGACUAUGAUACAAGAGAUGUCUUGAGGCCGUUGGUGUUCCGUCUCCAUGAGAAUGCCCCUGCCAUAGUCCGUGAGGUUUUACUGGAACGCGGCUGGACUGCAUUUGACAAAAAGGAGCAUGGUGAUGCAGACUGGAACCUGUACUGGCGGAACUCACCUUUCCGCAUGGCAGACCACCACAACAUUAAACCGUGGCAGAGGCUCAACCACUACCCAGAGGCUGUCCAGAUCACUAGAAAAGACUACUUGGCGAGGCAUCUGAAACGCAUGAAAGGAGCAUAUGGGUCAGCUCUGUAUGAAUUUAGUCCGAUGGCAUUCAUCAUGCCCAAUGACUACGUCAAGUUUCUAGCAGAAUACAGCAAGGGGAGCCAGUCAGUAGGCAGGAGACCUAGCUACUGGAUUUGCAAGCCUGUUGGUCUCUCACGUGGAAGGGGCAUACUCAUUUUCCAGGACAUUAAAGACUUAGUAUAUGACUGUACAGUCAUUGUGCAGAAGUACAUUAGCAACCCCUUGCUCAUUUCAGGGUAUAAAAUGGACCUGCGCCUUUACGUGUGCGUCACCAGCUUUAGCCCCCUCACUAUUUACAUUUAUGAGGAAGGUUUGGUGAGGUUUGCCACUGAAAAGUUUGACCUCGGCUCUCUGGACAACAUCUAUGCCCACCUAACAAACACGAGCAUCAACAAAUAUGGAGCUUCAUAUAAAAAAUAUAAAGAAGGGAUUGGCUGUGGCUGCAAAUGGACAUUCAGCAAAUUUCGUUCUUACCUUCGAAUAUUUGGGGCUGACGACACGGUCCUCUGGCAGAAGAUCAACAACAUAGUGAUUCUCACCCUGCUUGCUGUAACCCCCUUACCAGUGGCUUCCAAUUGCUUUGAGCUUUUUGGCUUUGACAUCCUGAUUGAUGACAAAUUCAAGCCAUGGCUUUUAGAAGUCAACUACAACCCAGCCUUGUGUUUAGACUGUUCCAUUGAUGACACUGUGAAAAGAAAGCUUCUCCAUGAUAUUAUUGAACUGCUGAACUACAAGCAGGUUGACACUUUGAGGCAAAACCAAGUGGCCAGCAUCAAGGCUGGCAGAAGACAGGUGCCCUGGAGCACAGCUGGUGAGAGUGCAACUAAGGGGACACCUGGCUUACUAACUUGUCAAAAUGUGGCUAAAUGUACUUCUGCUUCUUCUGUACAGCCUGCCCUACAGGCUGCAAGAGGAUCAAUUCCUAAGGUGGCUACCCUGACCAAGAAAACCGCCAGAGCACGUCCAAGAAAAACACUGACUUCCCAGCUGCGGGAAAGGAUGAACAUGCCAAAAAUGCUUCCCCAAGCAAAAGUUGAAGCUAAAAGUAAACAACUCCCAAGACCUGGAUGUUCCCCACACAAGUGUGCACAACUCAGCCGCUUGUUACCUACACCUGACUCCUGGGACUGCAAGUCAACCACGCACCCUUAUUUCCUCUCUGAUAAAGACCAAAGGCCUGUCCCCCGCAUAGGAGAUUUUGUCCUUAUUUUUCCUUUCAAUGAAGCUGCACUUCAAGCUUCCAAGGAUGGGACAGAUAUAAAAAGCAUUAUAAAAGAAAUAAACAAAUUAGUAAGCAAACAGUUGCCAUCAAAACAGCAGUACACAAAGAAAAGGGUAGGUGUUGUGGUUUAA